AAAAAAGAGGAUUCGGAAGCUUUUAACGUCAUAAAAAAGCCUUAAAAACAAAAAUAAAUUUGGGGGAAAUUCUCUUGCGAGUAAAUGGCGAAUAACAACAACGGAGAACCGAGCUCAGCACCUCAAGCGGAGAGAUGGUACGAAUUAAAGCUAGGUCCAUCUUUCAGGGACAAUUCUCCCUGCAAAUUCUGUACUCUUCGAUAUGAAUUCAAGCCGGCCUCAAUUGAUAAGAGUCAGCCUGGAUCUCUCCACAAGAACAAGGAGAACAGGGUCGCUGUAGAAUUCAAUAACAACCAGCCAGGGAAACCUAAGGUGAGCUUUGAAGGAAGCAGUGAGGAUUACAAAGACAAUGAUGCAGUCUUGUUUUUUGAUGGAGAGACCUUUCGGCUUGAACGCUUGCAUCGGGCUGUUAAGAGACUGCGGCAUGUUCGGCAGCGUGGUGAAUCUAUUGCUGCAACAGCGAACUUGGCAUCUGCUACAUCGGUCAAGCUGCCAAAACAGCAGCACCUUCAGUCCAUGUUGAGGUGGAAAGGAUUGAUAUUGGCGAACCAGAGAGUCCAGCACUUAUGGCCCUUGAUUUCUUGGGGGAUGGGGGAAUUAUCUGCAAUUUAUCCUUUUCAAGUGCAAGCCCAGGAGCGAUUGAAUGCUACAGAAGGAACAAAACCCACUAACAGGACCAUGGACUUCAACCCAGCUCCACAAAAUGCACACUCUCUAUCCCCAGCUCCUAAACUUGAUGACGAAGCAGAAGAGAACAUAGACAUAGAUGUAGAUGAUGAUGAAGAGCCGCAACCUAAGAUAAACACUGGAGAACAACCAUCAUCUUCCUAUUUCGGCGUUGAUAUCAACAUCCCAACUCAGCAUAACGAUACGGAUGACGAGAUUGCUGAUGUGGAUGUGAGCGAUGGUGAAGCAGGAAAGGGGCCUAAUGCUGCUGAAGCUUUAAGGGCCCAAGUGAAUGCUGAGGAGGGGCAACAACAGAAAGAUGAUGAUGAAGAGAGUUCGAGUUCGAGCGGAAGCAGUGGAAGUGGCAGCAGUGGGAGUGGGAGUGGUAGCGGGAGCAGCAGUAGUGAUAGCAGCGACGAUGACUCAGCUAGCUCUGCUGGUGAUAUCGAUAUCUGAUGAGCAUUGGUUUGUGGGAAAAUUAUAAGUUUUGUUUAUUGUACUGUGUUGUAUGAUUAACUGUGGUGAAGUAUGAUUAACUGUGUUGAAGGAAUCAGAAGGGGAUUUCCGGUUGCUUCAACUCAUAUCAGCCUUUCAGUUGCCGAUAUGUAGGCUGGAAAUUUUUGUUACUUUGCUAUGUCACCUCUUACAGAAUAAAUUAUACUCCCGAUCUUCACCGUAA